UCUCUCAGUGGCCCAAAAUACUUAUAAAUGUGAGACAAAUACUUUUCCUUUCACCUAUUUAUUUAAUUCCCUUUCUCUCCUUUCUCCUUUUCUCCUUCUUCUUCACCCUUCAUUAACCCACAUUUACCAAAAUUGGCCUUAACUAAAGCUUAUUCUUGUUUAAAAACUGUGUUAAACUUUCUUAUUUCAUGGAUAAUGAUCAUUUCUCUAACUUUGGCCUCCAUUUUGAGCCAAAAAUUCCAUUAAAUACCGUACAUUCACCUCAAGAACUAAAUACUGAUUACUUUAUGAACACCCAUUUGGACAGUAAUAAUUCUAUAGAUCAUCAGUAUGCGCAUUUCGAUUCUGCUUUGAGUUCUGUUGUAUCAUCUCCAAUACCUUCCAAUUCCUUAAGUUCGCUCCGCGAAUUGAUUGGGAAAUUAGGCUCAAUUUGUAGCUCUCCUCCGGCGGCAUUUAGUAAUUUCACUGGAGUUUCGUGUUAUAGUACACCGUUGAACUCUCCUCCGAAAUUGUUGCACAUGCCCAUAAUGAACCAAAUGGGGAAAGAUACUCCGUUUUCCUGUUUUGGUAGCCGUAGUUUCAAUGACAGAACGAGUCAGUUUGAGCGUUAUGGAUCUGGUACUGCUGGGAGAGGAAAUCUGACUAGAAUACUGAGUAGCCCUUGUCUUGUACAGAACAAAAGUUCUGGCAUUAUGUGUGAAGGAUUGAAUUUGGGAAAAAUUUCGGGUACUAAUGAAGAAUGCUCUGUUUCUGAGCAAACCCAAACAAGAAAUGUAUUGGAUUCUAGGAAAAGAAAAGCAGUUUCUAAACUGAAAACAAAGAAUAAUGUUGCGACUGUUGAUGGCAACGGCGAAAAUGAAAAUGAAGAUGGCAAAAGGGAAAAGAGAGCGAAAUCAACAGAAGGUAACAUGGGCAACAAUGGAAUUGUUAAAAUGGAAGAACAAAAGGGCAGUGGAGAUAAUGGGGCUGAGAAAGAAGCGAAGGAAAAGCAAAAGAUUACUGAGCCACCAAAGGAUUACAUUCAUGUUAGAGCAAGAAGGGGGCAAGCUACAGAUAGCCAUAGUUUAGCUGAAAGAGUUCGUCGAGAGAAGAUCAGUCAAAGAAUGAAGCUUUUGCAAGAUCUUGUACCAGGCUGUAACAAGGUGACUGGAAAAGCACUAAUGCUCGACGAAAUUAUAAACUAUGUCCAGUCACUCCAACGCCAAGUUGAGUUUUUGUCCAUGAAGUUGGCAUCAGUGAACCCAAGAAUGGAUUUUCACAUAGACAAUCUCCUUCACAAAGAAAUAUCUCAACCAAAUGUCUCUUUGCACCAACAUGUAUUACCAUUAGACGGACAUGGUCAAAAUCUUACUCAGCUUCCCACAAUCUGUGAGGAUGACCUCCAAACCAUUGUCCAGAUGGGGUUAACCAGAACUCCUACCAGCAACUGAUAUUGCAGUCACAAACAUUCCCUGUGCCUAAUUCUGAGAGGUGUACAUAAGCAGAGAGAUUAUUAGUUUAAUCUGCUUCAGAAAUUGCUAAUGGACAAGAUUAGGAUUAGUAUUAAUGGGAUUAAUUUCCCCACUUAUUGUAAUCUAUAAUUGAUUUGAACAUUCUAAUUUUUGCUUUUGUUGAGCUAUUAUAGUACGUAUUUAUUACUGUAUAAUAAUAAUGUUAACAUCACCUCACCUCAUGUCUCUGUAAAGAAUGAAAGAUGGAGAUCUUAUUACAAGCUUUAAUUAUUCAAA